AUGAAAUUCGGAAGAAAUCUACCGCGCAACCAGGUCCCCGAAUGGGCGGCCUCGUACAUCAACUACAAGGGCCUUAAGAAACUUGUGAAAGCAGCAGCAGAGAAAGCAAAGAAUGGAGAAAAGGUGGAUCCAGCAGAAUUCUUUUUCGCUCUUGAUCGAAACCUCGAAGAUGUCGACUUUUUCUACAACAAGAAACUCGCCGAGUUCUGCCGCCGGCUGAACCUCCUCCAAAACCGAUAUGGACGAACCACCGACGUUGUCGCUACCCUGGACCAGGAUGAAGUCGAAGAAGUUAUGGGCGCUCUACUUGAGCUGAGAAGUCAAUUCCGAAAUUUGCAAUGGUUUGGUGAGAUUAACCGCAGGGGCUUUGUCAAGAUCACAAAGAAACUCGAUAAGAAAGUUCCGGAUCUUGUCACUCAGCGUCCCUAUAUUACAACAAAAGUCGAUGUCAAGCCUUUUGCCAAAGAAGCAAAUACGGCGAGACUUCUUAAUGAGAUUAAUAGGUGGAUGUCAGUACUUUCAGAGGCUCAGACGUUUAAUGAUACCAUGUCUGAACACUCGACCCGUUCGCUGGGUCGAGCUUCAGCCAAGGGUAUGUUAAGUUUGCCUCAAGCUCAACUCGAUGCGCUUGACCAGGCCGUGCGAAAUGACGACGUCUCUGCUCUGGAGGAAGGUCUCAAGGAGUGCAAUGCCAUCGAGGAAGGUGCCCAGCCACUUCUACUGGGCCUUCUGCAGCGGUCGAUCUCUGCACGCUCCAGGACAUGCAUCUCUUUCCUUCUUUCAAAUCUCAAAACUCUUGAGGAGCCAGAUGAUAUCAACAGUCGCAACUGUAUUCAUCGUCUAGUCAUCCAUAUCGGACGCACAAAAGCUACUAGUGGGGAGCAAGACUCAAAGUCUCACCCUGUGCCUGCGGGCUCGCAGUUCAGUAACAAGCAUCUUGAACCAGGCUUGACCAGCUCAAAGGCUGCCAAGUCGUUGAAUCAAAACGAGUCUCUUCUCCUGAACAAGGACGAUGAGGCCGUGCAGCUAUUCAUCUUCUUACUCGACCAACUACGCCCGGAGCAGAGGAUUGCGCUCAAGAGCCGUGAUUCCUUCGGGCGUAUGCCACUUCACUACGCAGCUCAGUUCGGCAUUGUAGUAGUGUGUCAGAUAAUAAUGUCCAAGAUGCAAGAAUGGGACCAAUUCCAUGUCAAGGAUGGCAUUGACACACCUGAGUGGCAGGACAAUGAUGGCUUUGCGCCCCUUCACCUUAGCGUUGUGGGAGGCCAUCCUCUGACCACCCAGGCACUCUUGCAGGGCGAGAACUGGGAGGGAAGUAGUAAAGGCAAGGCUGAUAUUCGAAAGUCUAUCGCUAAAUCUGGCGCCGUGCUGGCCAUUGCUACAAAGUCCAACUAUAGUGUUAUCGUGCAGCUCCUGAUAGCAGCUGGCGUUGACAUCAACUGGAAGGACAAGACUGGUGAGACUGCGCUUCAUGUCGCGGCUCGAUUUGGGCACGUCGAGUGUGCUCAGAUUAUUCUGAAAGGAACACCAGAACAGAAAGCAGACCUGGAAGUCACUGAGGGUACCUACUCUUGGACCCCUCUUCACGUUGCUGCCGUGGAUGGCAAAUUCAGUGUGGCCGAGCUUCUAGUUGAAGCUGGAGCAGACAUCACACGUCUUGACUCAUCAGGAUGGACUGCAAGGGAGCAUGCUGCGCUGCGCGGUCAUAUGGAUAUCGCGCGACUGCUUGAAACCGAUACAGAGGAAGCUGAAUCUCCCCCAGUCAGACCCGUCGACACAUUGCAGCCCACUCCCUCGGAUAUGUCAUCUAUUGACGAGCGUCGCUCGAAUGGCAACAGUGCGAACAACGCACCACGCUCUCCUGACGCUAUCAAGAGUUUUGGACAUCGUUAUCUAACUAACGAGAGUCUCGUCCUUGUUAGUCUUGGGUCCAUGGAUAUGCGAAAGAACGUCGAGCCAGUCAGCUUGGACCGUGUUCCUCUUACUGAGGCUCACAACACGCAACUUGACACUGCGCUUUCCAUUGUGGUGUCUGCCACCGGUGCCCAUGGCGAGCCUACCACCAUCGAUCUUCCGGUGCAUGAUAGCAUCUCAACUGAGCCCAUCGUUUUCAUGACAUCAGAUGCGGCGAAGGUGAAGCUUCUUUUCGACAUUGUUCCGACGUACUCGGGCAACGACAAAAACAAGGUUGGACGUGCUGUUGCACUCCUUUCUUCCGUGAAGCCAACUCUGGGCUCUCGCCGUAUGAACCUGCAGGGAGAUGUUUGUGUUCCUAUCAUGUCAAGUAACUUUGAUGUCAUUGGCACUGUCAACUUUAACUUCUUGGUCAUCACGCCUUUCCACCAUCCCAAUAUGGAAAUCACCUCUAGGCAGACAUAUUGGAAGAAGCUGGAAUCCACCAUGCUGAUCGGUCACCGGGGACUAGGCAAGAAUUUGACUAGCAACAAGUCUCUCCAGCUGGGAGAGAACACUCUGCCAUCUUUCAUUGCAGCCGCCAACCUCGGAGCCCAUUACGUCGAGUUCGAUGUCCAACUGACCAAAGAUCAUGUCCCAGUCAUCUAUCACGACUUCCUCGUCAGUGAAACAGGUAUUGAUGCCCCGGUCCAUACUUUGACGUUGGAACAAUUUUUACACAUUAACUCGGACAAGAGCCGAGAUUCAAAACAACAAUCAAAGAAGAAACCUCUUCACUCUGGGGAAUCUGGUGAUUUCCGAGCGCGCAGUAAUAGCGUGGGACCGCAACGCUCGCAAUCUAUGGGAUAUGCUGGUAGCGGACUCGACGACUUGGACGAACGCAUGAAGCACACAAAAGAUUUCAAAGAGCAGGGCUUCAAGGGCAACACGAGAGGAAACUUCAUCCAAGCCCCCUUUGCGACUCUGGAGGACCUCUUCCGGGAACUGCCCGAGCACGUUGGCUUCAAUAUUGAGAUGAAAUAUCCUAUGCUACACGAGAGCGAGGAGCAUGAGAUGGAUACGUACGCAGUUGAGCUCAACUCCUUCUGUGAUACCGUGCUUUCCAAAGUCUACGAUCUUGCCGGGGAACGUCACAUUAUUUUCAGCUCUUUCAACCCCGACAUCUGUUUGUGUCUGAGCUAUAAGCAGCCUUCUAUUCCCAUUCUCUUCCUAACGGAUGCGGGCUGUUGUGAUGUUUGUGAUAUCCGCGCUUCGUCCCUUCAGGAGGCUAUUCGUUUCGCUAGUCGCUGGAACCUGCUGGGUAUCGUUGCCGCUGCGGAGCCUUUCAUCAACAGCCCCCGUCUGAUCAAGAUUGUAAAGGAGAACGGAAUCGUAUGCUUCAGUUACGGUUUACUAAACAACGACCCUAUCAUGGUUCAGCGUCAGGUCAAGCAGGGCAUCGACGCCGUCAUUGUUGACAGCGUCCUCGCCAUCCGAAAGGGACUGACAAACGGAGAGACACCUGCCGUGUUUGCCAAUGGAGAGGCUGAAACAAACGGCACACUCAAAACGACCCACGAGCUCAAGGACAAGUUGGACGAAUUGACAGUCAACGGUGCGGGCCCUUGA